GACGCAGGGACCAACCGCAUCGCCUGUACAGGCGAGCAACUGUUCAGCUGGCUAUAGCUUAGGCCUGAUAGAUGCCGACUGCAAGAAUCACAAAGGGGCUCCGAGGAGUCACAUCAGCAGCGGCAGCGGCAGCCAACUUCUAGGCGACUGAAUCAAUGGGAAAAGGCGAGCUGCAACAAGUUACGGAUUCCGUGCUGGCUAGGCCAUGGCAUACAUUCUUCGGAAAGGUGUGCACUGCCUCGCACUGUUGGUGAUGAGCAGCAGUCUUCGCUCGACCGGUACUUUCAAGACAGCAUGUUUUAUAGAGGAUGGCUCAUGUUUCUGCUCGCAUUUACUACCACGUUUGGAUAUUCUGGUACUCUUUUGGUGCGCGCGAGAUUCUGGGUCUCUCAAAGAGGAUAUUCUACAGGUCCGAUUUCGAAGGUUGACUCUCAGAGCCGAUCGCAUCUCAAGCUGGACAAGCUCACGGACUCGCGCUGGUUGAAUCGUUCUCUCGCUGCCAACUGCAUCUUCCACUGGUCCUGCUUCUCUGAGGAUAUGAUGCUGACUUUGAUGAGAGCGUAAUGAGCGAGCGGAGCAGUCCCUACCAAAGCAGUGCAAGAGCUGCUUCUCUCUAAUCUUGAGUAGAUGUUGAGACUGCAGCUGCUUCGCUGUUUGGGCUGUUCACUGAUACCCGCACGAGGAGUGAGAACACCAAGCGCUCUGCACUCGGUGGAUGGAUGGAGGGAUGGAUGGUUGGUUGGCUGGUUGGUUGGUUGGUUGGUUCCCCAUCACAGUACCGGCUGUGGUGCUUCGAGGAAUUGUUUACGAAAACAACGAUUGUUUAUUGCGCCCGGCAAGAGCUUCAGGGAACAGUCACCGUGCAGAUGUGCUGGACUGCGCAUUGCGAAUCAUCGCACAGCGGAUUGUGUUCGUGUUGUAAGGCUUCGGACACUGCCGUUCGUCUGGAUUGGUCUGGUGCAAACGAUAGAGCACCGGCGACAAUGGGCAGGACACGGGAAAGGACAAGCAGCUUUGCAGGUUGUAAACGAAGCCCCCUUUGCAUUUGUGAUGUGAUUUGAUGUGCAGAAAGCUCAAACCAGACGUUGAUCAUGACGAGGCCCUCGGGAAUCUGAGGCGGUAUGAUCAGCGAGCUCGAAAACGUAAGCAUUGGAGAAUCUGUCCACACUCAACUGCUAGCCAUCAAUCUCAUAUUGCUGUCCUCCAUGGCAACAGUACCUAGUUUAACUUGCACUAAGCUCGCCAGAUGAUGAUAAUGAUGAUGCUGAUGAUGGCGUCUCUAGUCCUUAGUCUCCUGUCCGUGGCCCCCGGCCCCCGUCCCUGUCCUCCCUCCCUCCCUCCCUCCCUCCCUCGAAAGAAUGACGACCGUGCGCGAGUGGUGCAAGAUGCGACAUUGGGCAGAAUGUGCGCUCGCUCGGAAUUUGGUCUGGGCUGUGUAGGAGAUGCUUGUGUAUUAUGCCGAGCAAUCGAGUGGCAGAUGAUGUCCUUAGUGCCUUGCUCGUGCUCAGAUCCUGCUGGUUGGCCUGUCCCACGGAAGGGCUGAACCAAGCUUCGUGCGCCAUCCUGAAACAGGAAGGCCGUGGAAAUGACACUUUCCAUGGAGGCCUGGAAUAUUGGCCUGCAGGUGUUUAGGGGUCGGUCAUGUCGUGGUCACAGCGGGGGCUCAAAAGCAGCCUUGGGCCCGAACGACGCAAUCCUUCCGAUGCUCAAAUGAUGGCUGUGCCAAAGGGCAGCAGACUCGAAAUAAUUGGUCGUAGUAGUAGUAGUAGUAGUAGCAGCAGCAGGAGCAGUAGUUGUGCUUGCCGUAGACCAGAAAACCCAUAACUGAACUCGUGGCGUCUCACUCGGAGAGUGACCGAGUGAGACGCUGAUCCUCGAGGUUCAUCACGCACGUUCCGAAACCAUGGGAACCAACGCACAUGGCACUGAAGUGCACAUGGAAAAGGGCGACGAGUGAAUGCACCCUCGCCAGUCGUCUGCGUCUGCCUUCCGAGACCGGACACACGCACACGGAAACGAUUCUUCAUGUUUCGAAGCUCCGUCGCUCUCUCUCUCUCUCUCUCUCUCUCUUGCCCAAGCGUCCCCAGCCGGUCCCCUGUCACCCAACCCCGUGCCCCAAAAGGGCCAGGGCUGCAAAAGGGCACAUCUUUUCCGUCGCUCCUGUGCACAAGCACGGAACGAAGGGAGGGAUGAAUUGAAUUGAAUGUUCUAAUGAGUCGCGGGGCUGUGCCAGUCAGUCCGUCAUCGUCGACCGGGACCGAGCUGUCAGUCUGUUGGUGGGUAGACACGCUGUCCUAGAAGAUUCAACAGAAAUCGCCUUUCGCUGCUAGCGUUGGCUUCCAGGUUCCAUUGAACUAGAUCUAUUGAUGGGCUGGGCCCCACUGGGGAUCGCUCUAGAGACUAGCAUCCCACUGAAAUCAUGUGGGCGGACCUCGUCUUGGGUUCUCCGGGCCUUUUCUGAUUCUCUUCAUUGCAUCUACCCCUACAUUGAAUUCGCCCGGAAACGAAUUUCGUCGCGGAACGCUUUGUGAUCCUCACCCCCCAUCGUCAGCAUCAUCAUGCCACAGCUACCAGAUUUAGAGCUCCAGGGCUCGAGUUUUAUACUCUCGUUUCCGAAACGAGCCGCCCGCCGUCCAUCGGAUCGCCCCUCACUUCCCGGUCGCCACCCCCGACAAAUCCUGUCCCGGCUCCUCCUCGCUGCCAUCUCCCCGUCGCCCCUCUUCGUCUCGCGAUUUCCACCGGAUUCUUCGCCCCGAUACCUCGCCAUGCGAUCGGGCAUCCAUCGGGCACGGUGCUGCUGUAACAGCCGGCCAGCCAGCCAGCCGGCCAUCCAGCCAGCACGCCGGCCGGCCGGCCGGCCCGACUGCGGAUGUGCGCUGUGGUUAUCAUCAUCGACUACGAUAGCAGCAGCGAUGGCCAGGAGCCGCGGUAUUGCAUGGAAAGCAGCGGAUUGCGAGACUGUUCAGGAGGAUAAUCCGACGGGCGCAAAUCGAGGCAUAAGCCCAACCCGCAGCUUAUGUCGCAGCGUAAUCGUUUUCCUCAAGCCACUGCUCAAGCAUUCGCAUUGUGAAGCUCAUGGCGGGCGUGAGCGUCAGCUGUAGUAAUGUCCGUGAACUUUUUGGACCCGGGGGAUUACCGAGGGCAGGGGAAGGGACGGGACGGGACGGGAGGGAGGGAGAGGAGCACACCUCACCCUUGGAGACAAGACGAGGCGCAUUGACGUUUCCUCUCUGUCCAGUCUGCGCAGGCACGCAGGCAGGCACCCGCCCUCCAUUCCUCCUCUCCCCCACCCAUCCAUCCAUGCGCCACAAGGUGAAUCUUCAUGCCAGUGACUUCUCCGCAGCAGAAAUUCCUCGGUUCGUGGGCCGCGUGUUCUGUACAGUAGUACGAAUUCACGUCGUCACACCUUUAAUUUCUGGAGCACCCAAAUGGCUUUCUUUCUAAUCAGGGCCUUUUCUACCCAGCACUUUGGGGGGGCACGGCCUCCUCCUCCUCUCCAAUUUUGGCGUCGUCUCGAUCGUCACGACGCCUUUCCAAACUCAAAUGCGACCGCGUCAUGCUCCUUCUUCCGAUGUACUGUAACCGAUGAGCUCUCAUCGCUCGCCAGAGUGCAGAGAUCCGGCCCAUAUUCCCUUCUCUUCGCAUCUCUUCGCAGUGCAGUGCAUCUACGGGUAGAGUAGAAUUGGAUCGAGACGGGUACGGACCGUCUUCCUUGUACCUUCUCUCCAUUUUUCACGUGGAUGUCGAGAAGCGUUCGCACUAGGGUAGCCGUCAUGGGCUUCGCCUCGUCGCUUCCAAGUCUACAUUCUUUCAUUCCCACUCUUAGCUAGUGGACAGGGCAGCGAAAAUGGACACAGAAGUUGGCAGGUACCAAGGAGCAAGAAGCAGUAAAAAAAUAUAAGAAAAGAGGGAUGCAUAGGCCGGGCAUUCGACUUAUCUUCUUAUCCAAUUCGAGGAAGAUUUGGAAGUUAGAAGCCUCCACCAGAUCUUUUCUCGGGCCUUUUAUUGAAUAAGAAAAGAGGGAAGGGAAAAAAGUUCUAGAUUGACACAUACUCCAAAGCGAAACGCAGGGAGGAAAACGGAAAUCGCCCAUGGGCCACAAACAAGUACGACCAUCACGGCAAAUGGAAGCAUGGGUGAUGGUUGCUCGCGCUAUCUCUCUGAAGAUAGACGAUAGGUCGAUCGUCGUUCGCUCGUUCCUGCGCCGGGUCCAUCCGUCCAUUGAUGCAUCGGGCCCGGGCGCUCCGAGCACAGACAGCAGCAGACCCCACGGUGUGCAUGGGCCAGAUAGGCCCUGGACGACUUUUGUGCACGCCCUCGAUGCGAGCCCAAUCAGAUUCGGAGCAGGUUAUCUGUAAGAAGCGGGGGCUAGUUGGGCUCGCGCACUCUCUUCUUCCUUUCCAGAUCCGCCAUCUCCCACACUCGCUCUUUUCGCUACUGGCCUCCAGGGCAUCCCAUUCAAAUCACAUUGUGCCGAGCUGCGAGUUGCUGACGAUGGCCGGAGAAGGUUCCCCGGAUCCUCCUUGUCCUAUUAGUUGGAGGCUUUUCAUGUGGGAGCGCUCUUUUGUUCCUUCUGGCGGCUGCUGCUCACCCCCAACACAAAUUCCUAAUUCCUAAUUCGCUCUAAUGCUAAUGAAUGUGCGCGAUGCUUGCAUCCUCCUCCAUUCCUUGGAGGGAGGGAGGGACGCAGGGACGCAGGGAGAAGGGACGACGCACUGUGCUGUACUACUACGACUACGACAAUCACAUAUUCUCAUGUUUCUCGCUGAUUUGCCACUCGCUCCACGAGCUCGCAUCCAUUAGAUGCCUCGACUAUUCAGCCCAUGAAUGACAUAAGUACGUGAGUCAUUCAAUGUGUGAUCCAGUUGUAGGCAUCGAAGAGUAUUUGGGCAUGACUUGGUACUGCAGCAGCGCUUGUUCUGUGCCAACGAUUUUCUCCAAACGCACGUGCUCGGGCUCGGAGCUCCGUACUCGGGCAUCCAUCUAAUAUUAGUGUCUUCUGCGAUACACCAUCGCAUUCAUCGUACAAUUCUGUCUGAUGUAAGCAUCGAAAGUUCAGUUAGUGAAUCCUUGUGAUUCAUGCGAGCCUAUGUGAGUGACAAUUAAAGACACAAUUCUCGAUUCCGACUUAAAUUAAGCUGAGCUCGACGAGGGCGUACCUAUCAUUCUUUGGCAUUUUGAAGUCUUCCACGUUGUUUGCAUGGAUAUACUUAAUUUCUGAGUAGCCAUUAGAUUCUCGGUGGCCGUAGUGGAUGGUCACGUGGAUUUUUGUGAUGUUGAUCACGUGUACGCAUCUUCUUGAUUUUGUAU